AGUUCGGUUGGUCAAUGUACAGACUACUACAGACCACGCAUGACGGGCACUUCGUAUUUGUGCCAGAUGUUAUCGGUGGCGUCUUCAAUUGGGCCCGGCCCAUUCCUCUCGUGUCCGUUUCGGAAGACGGAAAGGCGCUGCCCAAGCCUUUCGUAUAUCCAGACGUCCUUGCGGCGUCUGUAGGAAACGCAUCGUUUACACCAUCGGCUAUCACCGUCAUUAAUGGACAAAAAGCGUCAGAAUAUCUAGAGAAUUGGGCGCAGUUCGGUUCGCUGCAGGAUCGAGACGCAUUGUACAACAAUGUCUUUUACAAUCUCGCUGCCGUGUCUAUCGGAUCUGUUAGCACGAGUAUAGGAACUUUUGCAGGGAGUGGAAGAGGUAGAUGGGUGUAUCCAGGCGCAGAAACCAAGAUAGAUUUUGAAAAUGGCACGAGCGUAACUUACCAAAAUUACGCUCGGGUGCUUGUCGACUUUGACGGAGUAACCGACGGGGAAAGCCUCUACAAGAAAUACUUCUACAGCCCAAAACCCACUGAGACGGACGAACCUCCGUCUAACUCUACAGUACCGAGUCCUACGAACUCCAGUAUACCGACUUCGUCCGCGACUCCCACAGCAACACCCAAACCAGUCCCUGGGUACCCACCACCUGUGCUUCGCGAAGCGCAGAACAACAUCGGUGGGUAUUACCUGGGAGACGAUUACUCAGACAUUGCAGUCCUUUCCGUACCAUCCUUCGUGUCAGAAGAGGAAUCAGAAAUCCCAUUCCAGCAAAUUGGUGAGCAGUUCCUCGCGGCCGCGAAAGCUGCGGGAAAGAAGCACCUUAUCAUUGAUGUCUCCGCAAACGGCGGUGGCACCAUUCUGCAGGGCUAUGAUCUCUACAAGCAACUCUUCCCCAAGGGCAUAGGGCACGCAGCAGCCGACCGCUUCCGCGCUUUCGAAAGCACUGACCUAAUCGGCCAAAAGUUCUCUGAAAAGGCACAAGGGCUUCCCCGCGAGCUCGUCUCCGAGAACGACAACGAGACACUCUAUUCCCUCCAGUACGACGUCGUCUCCUCCAUCUUCAACUACCGCACCGACCUUGACGAAGACAACAAGAAUUUCGAGAGCUGGGCCGACAAAUUCGGUCCCGUCACUAUCGCCGGCGACAAUUUCACUAACCUCAUCCGCUGGAAUCUCUCCGACGGUCUUACACCAUUGAACUCUGGAGGCAUCUGGGUUCACGGGUACCGCAAUCUGACGAACUUCACGCAGCCCUUCGCCGCUGAAGAUAUCAUUGUUGUCACGGACGGUUAUUGCGCGUCUACCUGCACUAUAUUCUCCGAACUCAUGCGUCAGCGCCAGGGCGUGCGAUACGUUUCGCUAGGGGGACGCCCUCGACCCGGAAUCACGCAAGCCGUCGGGGGCGUAAAGGGGACUAAUAAUUUCCCUUGGGAUUAUAUACAGAGCCUGGCGCAGUACGCUGUCACGAACACCACUGCUUCUGCUGAAGAGGCGACACAACUGAAUAAGACACAACUUGGCGAGUACUGGAGUAAUGUGCCCUUUGAUAGACAGUCACCGGGUACGGCAGUCAAUGUCAACUUCAGGGAUGGCUGGCGCGACAACGCCGAUUAUGGCUUCCCACUCCAGUUCUUGUACGAGCCGGCGGAUUGUAGAAUCCUGUACACGAAGGAGAUGACUUACGAUGUUACGGCUAUUUGGAAGGCGGUUGCUGAUUCAGCUUGGGGUGGCAAGGAUUGGUGUGUUGCUGGCGAUUUGGCACACGGCGGAUACGAGGCGCGCGGCGGGAGGGAGAGACGUGUAAGGAGCCUUGAAGGGGAAGUCAGGGCAGAAGAGAGGUUAUUAGCGAAGAGGAUGAGGGAGUGGAAAAGGUCGCUCAGGGUGGAGGAUUAUCCGAUGGACUUGUUUACGGAUUUGAGGGGCUUGAAGAUUGUGAAGAGCGGGUUCAUGUAUCCAUAAAUGGGCGCGGAGGAAAGGCGUGCCUAGGGUCUCAGGGAACACUGUGCCACCAGAACGGCGAAACAUCAAGACCAUGUGCUUCAAUGUAUACGGG